AUGUUUGAACUACGACAUAUUGUGUUCAUCUGGGUUUUUUCGAGUCUGCCAUUUUGUUUUUGUGGCUUUUUCCAGCCCUCCUUUCACUGGGAUCCACGCAAUCCGCUGUAAGUACAUUCUUCUGCUCUGAGGUUGUAAUUUCUAUUUUCUCUUUCCUUUCCGCGGACAUGACCAGUAUUGGUUAAAAUCAAUGUUACAUUCCCUAUAAAUUAUAUAAUUGGGAAUUAAAGAAAUCAUAUCCCAGUUAUAACUGAUUUCCAGUGUAAACUUAUAGUAAUGAACUUGGUGUUGGGUUAGAAUUUAAAAUACGCUUUACAAAUUAACGCCUGUACUUUAGCGUACAAUGUCAUUUAUUAUAUGAAAAACAGUGAUUGUGAUUAAGUAAUCAUAGCGAAGAGUUUCAGUUUUUAAAACUUCCAAGAGUUCUAAAAGUCAAAAUCAAGAAAAAGAAAUGGCAGCUUUUUAUUAUUUUGAAACUCCGUGAAGGCCUAAAAAGAACGUAUACACGUGUAAACGUACUGCUGAAAGUGUGUUUUUGGCUGAGGUCACUCUAUAAAAGGGUUUGUAGGGUUAUUGGUUAUCAAACUGUGUUUAACAAAGCCACAUUCUAACAGUUAGCUCAAUAUUAACAUUUAUUAAUUUUAUAAGUUUGUUAAGAAACUAUAAAACACGAGCUAAAUAAAAAAACAUUUAUCUGCUUGCUACAAACUACCAUAUCUCGCGAUCCAAUAAUUGUUUAAAUCCUUUAUAACGGAGGAAAUUGGUAGUACCUUCGGCUCUGAAAACUGAUAGACUUUUGUGGCUCUCGUACAUAUAAAUGGCGUUCAAUCUCCUGAAGAAGACGGUAACUGCUGUUCAUAAAAAUGGACUGAGAGCGGCUGCCAGUGGCGCCUUGUAUGCUGACGUCCGAGCUUACUGUUCACAUGUUAAAGUAUUGUAAAGAGGGCACGUUUGUUGUCCUCUCAUCCACGACCCGUCUUCUUCUUCUUCUUCAUAAUUGGUACUUGCAUGUAUCGACACGUAUAAAAUGUGAGGUUUUUAAUUUUAUUGUUUUUAAAGGUUCACUCCGCAUGGCCUUGAGAUCAGUGUUCUGCCAAAUUCCCAGCUCAACUUCAUUUGCCCGAACCCAGCCAAUGUGCUGACGAAGCAAGAAUGCAGUAUUCCAAAGGAACAAAUGAACGAAAACAUGUGGAUAGUCGACAAAAGUGAAUAUGACACGUGUACUGUAAAUGCGAGUGUCUCAAACCUUCUUCUGGCUAGUAGGAAUAUUUUUAACUGCCGGAAUCCUUCACAGCUGAGGUAUCUUGAGAUGGUGUUUAGAUCGCAUAGCCCUACUCCUGGAGGAUUGGAAUUUUCACCAGGAAAGAAAUAUUACUUUAUAGGUAUGGGUAUGCAUGUGGUAGUUAAUUUUUUUUUCUCAGUUAUUUUUUGUUUUUACACUUCUUUUGGGUAUGGUUAUGUAUGCUAAUGAAGAUGAAAAACAAAGGAAAAACAAUAAUUACCUGAAAUAAAAAAUGAACUGCGAGAGAUACAUUUAAAUUCGGUCAAAAGGUGCGCCCAUCAUUUUGCCCUAAGUGAGAAGUAAUUGUAAAUGUUAGCUUAGGGGAGGGGUAGGUGGGCAGUUUCCCAGAAACCUAAACUGGUCCAUGGGCAAUAGGACGCCGUACCCCACCACCCACCCUCGUCCUCGCCCCUUUCUCUUUUCUUGGUUGUGUUCAAAAUCAUUAUACGUUACUGGGAAACUGCCCGCAUAAAAACUAAACUCCGACACCCAGGGUAUCAGCUAUUCGGCUCUGUCACAAGAAUAGAAGCUUUAACCCUAUGAUGUUAUUUUUCUCCUUAGCAACCUCGAACGGCACAAUUCAAUCGCUUGCCUCGCAUGAGGGAGGACACUGUUUGUCAUCAAACAUGAAGAUGGCUAUUUAUGUUUGCGUUGGAACAUCAGGUGUGAAAGUUGGGAUCAAUCGAGGUUUCUGGGUAACUGACCACCUACUCCUCCCCUAAGUCACAAUUCUGGCCUAAGUGAGGAGCAAUUGUUCGUGUUGACUUAGGGAGGGGUAGGUUUUCAGCUACCCAGAAAUCUAAGUUGCCGAAAGUUCUUCCUCUAAAAUCAUAUUUCAUUAAUUUAUUGAGGGCGAGAAGAGGAGCCCGCAAUCCUAAUCUCCAGGCUGCUAUUACGCAUGCUCGGUAAGUAUGUAGUUUUCGUUUGGACUUCCAAAAUGGAAUGCGCAGAACACAAUCUUAUCACGCGCGUUUGGACCUUCUAUCAGUCGUGAUCUGAUCACCAGCGUUUUGACCAUCUGCCACGUGAAACCUACGCAAAGCAUAGCGUUUGACCAAAAUUGUUUUGACCUUUGAUCGUUGUCGCCCGCACUCUGUAACCUUUGGUUAUUGCGGAAGACAAGAGGAGCCCUCAAUCCUAAUCUCCAGGGCUGAGUUGCUCGAAGCAUGGUUAGCUUUAACCAUUGGUUAAGCAGUAUCAAAACCAAUACGUUGUCAUGGUAUUAAACGCUGGUUAACGCUAACCAUGCUUCGAGCAACUGGGGCCAGGUUAUUAUUACGCAUGCGUCGCAUGUAUGUACCCAGCAUUCGUUUGGACUUCCACUAAAAAUGAAUGGAAUGCACAGUACGCCAUUUGAACAAGAGUGUCUCGACCUUCUACCCCUCGCAUUCUGUUCACGCGUGUUUUGACCAUCUGUCACGUUAAAACUUAGGCAAAGCAGGGCGUUGGAGUAAAAGCGUUUUGACCUUCGAUCUUUGUCACCCGCACUUCCUAACCUUUUGCCGGUUGUUACUUGUACUUAAUGUUAAUAUGGUUUGGAUUAAAACUGACAGACAAAUCAUAAAACAGCAUAAUAUGAAAUCGAUCUGUUUAUUUUUAAGAUAAAUUUUGUGAUUAUCAUUAUUAUUGUUAUUUUUAGAUCCUAAAUGCAUCAAUGUUCCAGACGUUUCCUCAUCUCGUUCAAUGUCCGUUGCUCCUCAAACUUUGACAGAGACCGUGAGUUAUUGCCCAACACCAAGCAUCCCCGCGUGUCCUAUUCAAGAGUCCAGUCCAAUGAUGUCAUCCUCCGGAAAUCCAAGCAUUUCCUCGUCUACUAUUCAGCAGUCUAGUCCAGUACAGUCAUUUUUCGAAACUCCGAGCAUCUCUUUGUCUCCUAUUCAACAGUCCAGUCCAAUACAGUCAUCGACAAUUUCAGCGUCCAUCAGUCCCUCAAAUAGUGCGCUUGCGUUAGCGUCAUCGACCGCUGUCCAGUGCCAGGGUUAGAAUUCCAGAUGACUCUCUAAAUUAUUGAUACAAAUCAGAAUUAUCUGCUAUUAAAGAAAAAUCGUUAAAAUAACACCACUUAAUUGCAUUGCAUUUUCUAGCUUCUAUUACGUAUACCAUGUUGCUAACAGAUCCAAAUUCAAGUCCUCAAAAGAAGAGCUAGAGAUGUAACUUGAUUGGCCAAUAAUAAUAAUUAUUGGAGGAGGUUUUUGUGACAUCCUGAAUAAUCAAAUGUUAUCAACCGAGCCGAAGGCCGAGGCUGAUAACACUUACCGAGACCUUGAUUAUUUAGGAUAACACAAAAACCGAAUCUAAUAACUGUUUUAUUGUACAUUGUUUUGAAGAAAAUAACCUCAAACAUACCGUCCUAAGGAACCUGAAUUGAUAUUGUUGAGAAAAUCAUGCAUUGCCCGCGCAACCUACAGAUUAGUCAGUUAUCUGCAAGCAGAUAACUAACUAAUCUGUAGGUUACGCUGAUUUCCAAAAAAAGCUGUAGGCUCUUAGCCAAUGAGAAGACAAAUAGUGGGUACAAUGUGUAAUAACACAAUUAAUCUGUUACGUAACAAGAUUCUUUACCCUUUUUAGGGGAGUCCAUUCCUGCAGAAUUUUACUCGCUAUUCGUGAACCAGACAUACGUGUUGGCAGCGAUCUACAACUACACUUCUUUGCUCCCUGGCCUAGACCUUCUUGUUCAAAGCAUAAAUUCUUCCUUACCAGUAACAACCCAGGAGGUGGAGGUGAACCAAGUGCAGAACUGCAGUAAUUAUACAGAGGUAGCCCCCAUAGCACCAGCAUGUCCUCUUGGAGUACAAGCCCCUAGUAAGAUAUGACCAAGUGGUAGUCCUAUUUACUCCUAGGUGAAAGGUGACAAAGCAUUGAAAUAAAUUUGUUUUUUUGGGCAUAUGUUGAAUAACAAAUGCUACCAUGUGGAAGUACUGCUGAAGAGGUUUCAUUUGAAUGGUCACAACACAGAACUUGAAAGUCAAUAGCGUGAUUCUGUGGGUGUUGAGGGUUCGAGGUCAGGGAUUAAAAUCAGAGUGCGCGGAUAUUUUUCAUCAGAGCUUUCUCUGGUUGUUGCGCCAUACUGACGAGCCCCAAAAAGGGCAAAACAGCUGUCUAUGGCUACAAUCGCGCUCUGUUUUGAGUUCUUUCGGUGUCGUGUUGAUGUCUUGCAGAGUUGAUUUUUACGUAGUACGAUCAGCAUUGCAGUAUUCUGCUUGCAGAAUUUAAUAUGUCUACAUUAUUAUUUUUGCUGAUCGGGUCUUUAUAGAUCCUACGUUCUUCAGCAUAUUCGUUUGCCGUCCUUUGCAAUCCUUUGUGGUUAAUGUUUGAGCUACAGAAUCAACCAUUUGAGAUAAUUUUCUUAUAUAAAUAUUCAUUUGAUUUUAUUUCUUUUCUUUUUUGCCAAGUUCUUCGCAGCUGCAAAGAAAUCAUGGACGCAAGUUAUACGCUAAGCGGUAUUUACCGAAUUGAUCCCCAAGACGGACAAGGCGGCUUCGGAGUUCACUGUGAUCAGGAGACCGAAGCGGGUGGGUGGACGACCGUCCUUCGAAGAAUGGAUGGCAGUUUAGGUUUUCACCGGGGAUGGAAUGCCUAUGUGGACGGAAUGGGAGAUAUGACUGGAGAAUUCUGGAUCGGUUUGCGCAAGUUGCAAAGAUUGACUGCUAACAAACAGUUCACCAUCAGGUUCGAUCUCCAGGCCCCGAAUGGAGAGAAAAGGUACGCUGAGUAUACUGGGAAUUCACUAGGUGACUCGUCGACAAAGUACCGGAUAACUGUUGGAAACUACUCAGGUAAGAAUCCGGGGGGGGGGGGACUUUAAGAAUUUUUGGGUGGCGAUGUGCCGCUGGGACCCUGGAACCCUUACCCUAAAAUAACCUAAAUAAUAACCUAAACUCCCCAAAACCCCCCCCCCCCCCCCCCCCCCCCCCCCCAACACAACCUUCUCACCUCCGCCCCCACCAUCAUAUCUCAUUUAUUUAUUUCAUUGGCAGUGCCGGGGAAGUCGGGGUCGGGUUGAGAAAAUGGCAAAAAUGGACUGCAAACAAACAGUUCCCCACCAGGUUCGAACCCCAGGCCCCGAAGGGGAAGAAAAGGGACGCUGAUUAAACUGGGAAUUCACUGGGUGACUCGGCGACAAAGUACCGGAUAACUGUUGGAAACUACUCAGGGAAGAAUCCGGGGGGGGGGGGACUUUAAGAAUUUUUGGGUGGCGAUGUGCCGCUGGGACCCUGGAACCCUUACCCUAUAAUAACCUAAAUAAUAACCUAAACUCCCCAAAUCCCCCCACCUCCCCCCGCCCCCUCCAUCCAAAAAUAGCUUUUAGGCUGAGUCGCGUAAAUUUAAUUUAAUUUAUAUUUUUGAGUGGCAAUUCCCGGUCUCCCUAGUCUAGCCUAAAAUCUUUGACCAACUGAUCAGUUUUCUGGAAAAUGAUACCCAAUUCUAUACCCAAACACUCUGAUUUAUCAACCCUAUCCCAGAGUAAACUGCUUGAAAACCAUACCCCCCCCCCCCGGGAUUUAGACUAACUGGGUCUGGAAGGGUAUUUUCGGGGUGCGGGAUUUGAAUAAAACACGGUGCGGGAUUCGGGAAAACGCGAGAUAUCUUGACGGGAAACGGGAUCUCACUGCACCCGGGAAGCGGAAUUUCAAAAUUUGGGCUCGGAAUGCGGAAACUGCGACGUUGUUGGCCUUGGAACUUAAGAAUCUCAAAAGCACAGCUUCGAUUCAAACAAAUAUGUUGUCUAAGCAGUACAUCAAACGUUGCAAACAACAAAAGUGAACUUUGAAAAACUGUUAGGUUAACAAGUUUUCAAAAACCACAAUUGCAAUCCGUUUUAAUCUUCUUCAAGUUUAUUCAUCUGGGCCUCCCUUUGUAGUUAACGUUAUUUUUACCUUCGUUUAUUGUUAUGUUUGGAUAAUUGUUAUGUUUCACUCAAUUUGGAGGCAGUUGCCAUCUUUGAAAUUUUUCUAAAUUCCGCAUAUGAAAGGGGUGGGGAUGCUCCUGGGAAAUUUUGAAUUAAAGCCCUAAAGGAGACCGAUCUGGGCGUGGCCCAAGCUUUUUUUGACCCCUAAAAGAGACCAUGUUAAAACACAGACAAAUGAGAAAACUUGGAUUAUAUGAAUGGAGUAAAUAAAACGCAUUAAAAAUAUACAUAUCAAAUAUAUAUUUUCAGAUUUUUUCGCGUGCAACCCUAAACGAGACCUUCACGGCUAAAUAUGAUGGCGUUUUGCCCAGAACAUCCUAAGUGAGACCAAAAUCUGAAAUUUACACUCCUAAGCGAGACGACGAGCAUCCCCACCCCUUUUAUAUGCGGAGUCUCCCCCCCCCCGGGAUUUUGUGACACAGCCAUUUUAACUGAUGUUUUUUGAUUGUCUAAUAACAGCUGGUAACGCUGGUGAUUCAUUCUCGUACCAUAACAACAUGAAAUUCUCAACGAAAAAUGCCGACAACGACGCAUCUAUACCUUCAUCCGUGAACUGCGCACAAUUGGCGAGGGGUGGCUGGUGGUAUAAUGACUGCCAGCGAGUCUGCCUUACUGGUCAAUACCUGAACGGGACACACGCUUCUGGAAUAGUCGGAAUACAAUGGAGGGCGUGGAAAGGCGAAGCCUAUUCUUUAUCACAAGCAGAGAUGAAGAUAAGAUUAGAAUAAUCCCGUCGAACUAAGCACGAAAGGAAAUAACUGUUCUUCGUAAAACCUAAAUGGAAAAUUACUGCUCAGUAGCUUUCACUUGAAUGGUCACACCAUAGGAUUUCAUCCACAGACUCAAAAGUUAGAACCACCCUGUACAGUUUAAUUAACAGUACCACAGGAAAGUACUACUCAGUAGCUUUCAUUUGAAUGGUUACACCAUAGGAUUUCAUCCACAGACUCAAAAGUUAGAACCACCUUGUACAGCAUAACAAACAGUACCACAAGAAAGUACUACUCAGUAGCUUUCAUUUGAAUGGUCACAUCAUAGGAUUUCAUCCACGGACUAAAAAGUUUGAAUCACUUUGUACUCUUGUACACCAUAAUAACAGUAUGAUAAACAGCACCACCAGAUUGCUUUUAUGGAAUGCUUUACGUAUAUCUUUAUAAUCGCUGUCUUCACAACGCGUGGUCGAUACUCUAAAGUCUUACCUUUACUUAACAAAAUUGUUACCAUGUAAGGGACCAGCCUCCAUCCUAUUCAUUAGGGAGUUUUAGUAACGACGAAGGCGACGGCAACGAGAACGUCAAAACAGCAAUAGGUUUAUUAAACAAAACAACAACUUUGCACGUGCAUCACGCUUUUUUGUUCAUUUCUUUGCCGUCAAUGCACGACUACGGCGUGAAAAUGCCCAGUUUCACGUUUUAUGGAGGACUUAAACAAGCGACGACGAAAUUUUCUUUCUCUUUUUAAACUUGAGUGCGGUCCUUAUAAGAAAUUACCUCCAGGGAAAUUAGCCUACAUUAGACAUUUUCCGCCAAUUGGAGUAAACGCGACAAAGUUUGAAAAAAACGCUAAUUCAUUUUAAAAGUGACGUUUUCAAUGCCGUCGCGGUCGUCUAUGCUAAAAGUGGACAGAGUUUGCGUCACACUUCUCUGGCGGGAUUCGACAAAGGGAAAGAGGCUUAUGAGAACUAUAUUGAAUACUAUGUGAUGUAAGCAAGUCCGGUAAGAGCCCUAAGGCUUAUAGUUACGGUAAUAUAUUGUUAAAAAUAAUUAAGUUUUUGUACACUGCUAAAUACACUACUGAGCCUCAAUUCAAAGGCCUCCGAGUAGAUUACAAUUCCUACAAUGCAGUAAGUACAUAAAUUACUAUGUACAAAUGUUGGGUUCAACUCAUGAAAAAAAAUGGCAAAACUUCUUCCCUCCUGAAUUUCGCAUAAACAUUCUUGAUCUAUCCCAGAAAAGCAGGGUUAAUUACUGAAAAUACAAAAAGAUACAUCAAAAAGUCAAGUACGUCACACAAGCAAACUUCACAAGCAACCGCGUUUCCGAAUAAUAUUCUUCACAUUAUUUUAUACUAGUAGUGCAUGGGUAAUAUUUUCAACUUAGUUUACUGCUGUGGGAAUUCAUUUACGUAAAACUUGGCAAAUUUACGAAAUUUUUUCGUCUGACGUAAACAUGCAUAAGGAAGGUUAUUCCCCUAGGAAUAUCUAGCUUUAACAAAAGGCAAAGAAUCAAUAGAUUUGAAAAUGGGUUGUUAUUCGUGAUGUCUUUUGUUCGAAUAUUUCAAUAAAAAUUCAUUUUGAACAACUGUAAGAUUUAACUAAUGAAGUUUGUCCGUAUGAAAGCUGUCCUUCUUAUCGUCUUGAAAAAGGACGAUGAUGAUAUCCAUUCAAAAUCUUCUCCAUCUUUGGCUGGCGGUUGGUGUUUGCUGUGCUGGAUUCCAGCCCUCGUUUCACUGGGACCCGCGCAAUCCAAUGUAAGUACGUAAACAUUCGCGGCUAACAGAGCGGUGUUUUGUACUUUCAGUUAUUUUAGGCGAUCAAUAUUCUAUAUAGUUCCCAAAAUAAGCCUUUUCCUGUUGCGAACAAAACUCGAGACAGUGCUCCAACAAACAAGCCUAACAGUCGAAGGCCACCAGGCUUCAGAAAUCACUUUUAAAUCAUGGACCACAGGGUUACAUUUCAUCGACGGAAUAAGAAGUUCGACGCUCUCCGCAUAUAGACAAUAGGGCCAUUUAUACGAGGAAAAAUAAGACGCGUCUUAAAUAAGACGCGAACUGUACCAUUUAUACGAGCAUGUCUUAUCUAAUAAGACGCGUCUUAGCUAAGCCGCGUCUUAUUUUAGACGAAAUGUGCCGUUUAUACGGAAAGUUCGCGUCUUAUUUAAGACGCGUCUUAUGUAAGACGCGUCUUAUUUUUCCUCGUAUAAAUGGCCCUAAUGAACCACGCAAAAAUGCAAGGUGGUUUUAUACCCCGUUCACAAGAAGCUGUGUAAAAACCAUGCUUUUCAAUUCCAAAUAUCGCUCCCCUUUCACCUUGAAAAUCCUCAAUGCGAAUCCUUGCCAUAAAAUAAGUCAGAUAAUUUAUGAGAGAAACUAACAUCAAAGCCAGGACUUGAGCUAAGCAUUUGAGCCAGGUCUCCAGCCAAGCCGGACUUCCAUGAUUGCCACAACCCUAAACCUAACCCUAACUUUCUAUGAUUGCCAGCAAAACCCUCCUCUAAAUGGUCAUGUGACUGGUAGGAAGUGAAAAUGGCGGGAAGGUGAAAAAUUGUCGAGUCCUUCGUCGCGUCCUGGCUCGGAUAAACAUUUCUUGAUAUCUUUAGUUUCUUUUAAGAUUUCAGAAACCAGUGGAGAUUAAAGUCCAUCUAAAUUCCAAGCGCAACUUCAUAUGUCCCAACCCAGCCAGUGUGUUGACCGAACAAGACUCCAGUAUACCAGAGGAGCAAAUGUACGAAAACAUGUGGAUAGUGGACAAACAGGAAUACGAUACAUGCAGUGUAAAUACGAGCGUCUUAAGCGAUCCUCUGGUUAAAAGAAAUCUUAUGAUCUGCCGGAAUCCUUUGCAGUUAAGCUAUUAUGAGAUGGUGUUUAGAUCUAACAGUCCACCGGGAGGACUUGAGUUUACACCAGGAAUCACCUAUUACUUUAUAGGUAAGAAGGAGCCCCCGAGGAGGGGAGGGGAGGGGAGGACUCUGCUCGAUUAAUGGGUACCUUUAUUCAGGCUCUCAGGUAUAUGAAAGGGUAGGGAUCUCACUAGCUGAAGUACAGUAGAACCUUGAUAACUCAAAUUCUCCGCUAACAAGAACUAAAUUUCCACUCCCUUGAAUAAAAUUUCACUGAAAUUAAACCCGAUAACUCGAAUUCGUCGCUAGCCUGCGAACAGCAGACGCAUUUCCGGUCGUCGCUUUUCUCUCUCCGAAAAACCGGAAAAUGUGUCUGCUGUUCGCAGGCUAAUUCGUCGCAAACUCGAUCCGUUUUUCGUUUCCCUCCAGAGUUCGAGUUACCUGGGCUCUACUGUAUAUGAAAUGGUUGGGAAAUCUGUCAUUUUGGUCUGUAAAAAGACCAAAAGGGGCUGUAAAAAAGACAAGAGAACUUCCUGGUUUAGUUUCAAUUCAUUCGUAUUGUAAAGACAAUGCAUUUACAGCUGUUAAAAGGGAUGCAAAGUUCUAAACUAGGUACGUGAAGUACGUGAAUUACCAUUUGUCAAUAGAAGGUGUACGAAUGUCUAAAAUGGUUUUUGAAAGGUUAAGACGGGUUGGACCUCGGAGCGUGAGCCUCCCCCUAAGAAACUUUGUUGCGUACCUCCCAGGGGAACAAGCUGGCGCUCGAUCACUGCAGAAAGAACUUUCUGAAAACUAGAAUCAUUACUUUUUUUUGCUGCCUCCAAAAACACACAACAGCCCACGAGGGGGUUGAAAAUGCGUUAAAGGAUGAAAAACCUAUCGGUAGAAAGAGGUUUGUUGUUUCCAUUUCAACCAAUGAAUGGGUGACUCCCUUAAAAUCAUAAAAACUGUAUUAAAGUGAACUCUCUUUAGGAAGGACACCUUUUAACGGGACAGGAGACGUUUUAACUAGGUGACUUUUUUAAUUAAACGCGCAAGAGGAAGAUGUUCCAAGGGUGUGGAUCUUUUACGAGUAGAAUUUAAGUAUACAGUAUGGGGCCAAGGAAUUAUAAAGUGAAACCACGAAUGGUGGGAGGGGAUGUGUGUGUUGGGGGGGGGGAGAGUGGGGUGAAGGAAACGUAAUUGCCACCAAAAAAGUUCGACAGCCUUUUCCGAACCAAAGUUGGGACCUCCCCCCCAAUCAAAAAUUCCUGGAUCCCCCCUGAGUGUCAGUUAUAGCGGAGUGUCUUACUUAUAGAGGAGUUCGUAAAACAAACUGCUUUAUAUAGGGCAGAGCAAGUCUUUCCUAAAAACAUAAACGCCUCGGCUAGGUAGGUAGAUACUAAAACACAUUUGAGAGAACUAGUCAUCAUUUCAUUCGUAUUGAGUUUGUUUUGUUAUAAAUUCCUUUAUCAGCGACUUCCAAUGGAACUAGUGCAUCCCUUUUCAAUCUCGAAGGAGGGCGCUGUGUGUCUUCUAACAUGAAGCUAGCAAUGUACGUUUGCAGUGGCCCCUCAGGUCAGAACAUAGUUAGUAAAUGUAUCGUGUCUACAGUGAACUGUCACAAAUGUUUCUUUGGUACGCUAACUAAGAUACGAUGUAAUAACUUUUUCUUUCACUAAGUGUCAAUCGUUUGCAGCCAAGGACCUCUUGGCCUACAAAACGUCCUUAUUUAUGAUCACUCAGCUUGUUUACCCAUCCAUCCACCAGGCCAUUUAUAUUAAUUUGUCGGGUAUUACUAGUGAGAUUGAGUGUUCCCUUUUGUCAUCGUCAAAGGUCUCCAUUCGUAUAGGAGAAUUGUUAUUGUUUAUUUUUUACUUUUUUACUACUUUUAUAAAACAUUGCAUUAUACAGAUUAAUUUUUUUAGGAAAAUCAUCAUGUAAACUUUGUUUUUCCAUUGAAAUAAUUCUAAGUGUGAGUAAAUGAAAGAUUGUUAAAGUUAUUGUUGUUAUUAUUGUUAUUGCUACGUAGACAAAGAUACACCUAAGCCUUAAUACUCUCUAUAUACUGUUUGCAGAUCCACAUUGCACUGGAACUGAGACUAUUCAGCCAUCUCCUUCAGUCUGUCCAGUUCUGCCUACAACUGACAGUAGCGGCAGCACCACCAGCAGCAGAAGCUGGGGUAGCACAACUACCACCAGCAUCAGUAGCAGUAGUACCAGCAACAGCGGUAGCACCAUUACGAGAAGCAGUAGCAGUAGCAGUAGCAGUGGUAUCAGCAGUGGUAGCACCAUUACCACUAGCAGCAGUAGCAGCAGCAGUACCAGCAGCAGUAGUACCAGCAGCAGUAGCAGUCGCAACAGCAUUAGUAGUAGCAGCAGCAUCAGCAGCAGUAACGUCUUAAGCCCAACAAGCACAAUGCUUCCUUUGCCAUGUUCAGGUAUCUUCACUCUCACUUUCUUUUCUUCUCUUUUCUUUUCUUUUCUUCACAUUACGGUUCUUCAUAUUAUUUGAGGGGAAUCUUUUUGCUAUUAAACGUACCAUGACAGAGAUUGGAAGAUUUUAGUUUCCUUUGACUUAAGACCAGUUGUUCCCAUUCUAUAUUUUGAUAUGACGUUUGGACAAAGGGGUUCCGCUGAGGCUUUGAAACCAAGUCCUCUAGCACAAUUUACCAUUUCCUUAAGAGACCUUUGGACCUCGUUUAGGACUGGCCGACAUUAAAUUGAAUUCUCUGUGUGAUGUGAGCUGUCCGAUUUCUGAGUCCGUUUAGGGCUAACUCACGUAAGAUUGCAAAACGUAUUCUGUGUCAUGUAUGAUGUCCGAUGUCUGACUCGUUUAGGACUAGCCCACAUAUAAUCGUAUUCUCGGGUCGAUGUGUGAUGCCCGUUCCUGGCAAUUUCCGAUGUGUGACUCCUCGAAGCAAUAGCCGAUAUAAAAUUGUAUUUUCCGUUCAAAAUAGAUAAAUCUCCAAACAGGCCAAAAAAAUAUGUGUCCCUUCUCUUCCCUUCACCGAAAUUCCAGUGUCCAUCCAGGUGUCAACCCCUCACUCCCUCAAUUCGAAAGCUGCCCCCUGGUUAUACAAAUUGUAAACACAGGGCAAAAAACAUGAACUGAACUUCGUUAUCACUUUGCCUUUUGCCUAACAGCAUCCAUUCCGGACUCAUACAUGAACGUGAAAUCAGGAAUACCAGGUAAGAAAAAACUUACAGUCGUAGAUUUCUGUUCUAUCUUUCCUUAUCCUUACUAAUUUCACACUAGUAUCGAGUAGUCAACACUGGUUACUGGAUGCGCUGAUUGCUUCAUACGGUUCGACAGUUUAAGUUUCAUGGAGGUAAAAAUGACAACUACUCAAUCUCUGACGACGUUGCACUGGGGAUUACUUAUAUGCGCUAUACAGCUAUGCGCUCAAACAGGGACGGACCCAAGUCAGUUUUUUAAGAGGAGGUGGGUAUGAUCUCAGGCUAAGAGGAGGUGGGUAAAACCAAUCGGCCAGGAAACAAAAGGUUUAGUUUAAUUUGUCCUAUUGAGUUCCUAAAACACUGCAAUUGAGAAAUGAUAAGUACGAACCCGUAACAACGAACAUUCUUACAACCUUACAAAAUAGAAGAAAUACAUUACAACCCUAAAACCGUGUACUCUUACUACUGAGUACACGCUAUCACGCACUGACAUGAAAAAAAGGUGCAAACGUUAAAAUUUUCUAACAGCAAGUUAUUAGACUAAAAAGAAGGUUGAAUAUCCACCGAUUCAACCUCCUGUGUAUCCCCCCUGGCAAAUAAAAGUAUAAUUUUUUGACCCCCUUUUGGCCUGAAAUUAGAUGUCCGAUGUCCGAUUUUGAUGUCAGAUGUCUGAUGUCGUAUGUCAGAUGUCUGAUGUCUGAAGUCUGAUGUCUAAUGUCCAAUGUCCGAUGUCCUAUGUCUAUCUGUCUAAUGUCUGAUGUCUGACAUCCGAUGUCCCAUAUCCAAUGUCCACUGUGUGAUGUCCGAUGUGUGAUGUCUUAUGUCUGAUGUCUGUUGUCCGAUGUCUGAUGUCUGAUGUCCGAUAUCUGAUAUCCGGUGUCCAAUGUCUGAUACCGGUGUCUGACGUCGAUAUCUGAUUCAAAUUUCAGUCCGAAAAGCCACAAGGAACAACUGAUAUUUCCAGGGUUAGUGAAGCAUUGAAUUAAGUAACUCUCAAUAAGUUUAUGUCCCUUUUAGUGAAUUGUCCGUCUGUUAGAGGCUCUUAUUAAGUAAACUGUAAAGUAGAUUUUAGGAAAUUUAUUCGUAGAAUUCUUGGGGACUAAUGUGCUGAGCAAAGAUUUUAAAUAAUUCGAAUAGUUGCCUAUUUUUUGUGGUUUUAAUAUAAAUUUAUAUCCCCUAUUUCCAUAUGAAAAAGAAGAAAUUAGAGAAUCGUAAAAAUAUAAUAGUAAAAAUAUUAUAAUCUGACUUUCCCCUUUAUGUUUUUAUUCUUGCUUCCAAAGUACUUAAAAACUGCAAGGAGCUUCUAGAUGCAAAUUACGUGGAGAGUGGCAGCUAUCGUGUCGAUCCUACACCCGACCUUGCGCAGGAAAACGAUGAAAUGGGUCCCUUUCGCGCAUACUGCGACCAAGAGACCGCUGGCGGCGGUUGGACUGUCAUAAUGCGUCGAUUCGACGGAUUUGUGAACUUUUUUCGAAAAUACCUCACCUAUGUGGAAGGAUUCGGAAGUAUAUCUGGUGAAUUUUGGAUUGGACUGAAAAAGUUAUGGCAACUUUGCGGACAAUUUCCCGUCAAUCUCAGGGUCGAUUUUGAAGCUGAGGACGGCGUACUUACCUAUGCGGAGUACAGUGGUUGUUCGAUAGGCGAUUGGACUACGAAAUACAAGCUUAUUGUUGGACAAUUUAUUGGUAAGAGGAUUGUAAAAUAAGUACCACUAGAGCAUUGUCCUUGGAUCACGGGAUGCACUAGGGAUUUUAGGUUUCUGGAAAAACUGCCCACCUACCCCUCCCCUAAGCAAACAUUAACACUUAUUUCUAUGUAAGGUCAAAUUGUUGGUUUAGGGGAGGGGUAGGUUGGCAGUUUCCAAGAAACCUAAAUUGAGCCAUGUACUUUUCCAAUUUUUUAAGGGAUAUUUUAGUGGCUCCUGCAGCAAUUCAAUAUUUUUAUGUCUGAAAGGGCGUCAUUCUUCUCAUAUUCUGGGGAGGGGUGUGCAGAUAGAUUAAAGCAUUCUUAGAAAUUAUCAGUGAUAGGCAUUACCCAGUUUUCCUUAUUUUUUACUCCGGUGCUAAGACGCUUCCAGUUAGGAGUAGAAUCGGGACUUCACUCCCAUUUUUUAAAUACGUUGUCUAUUAUCGGACAAAAACAGCUCAGGUGCUAACGGGGAAAUCUUUGGUGGAUCUUCCGAAAAUUUUCAUUAUGUAAUGUAUUGCAAUGUAAUGUAACAUAACGCGAUGUUACAUAAUGUCAUGUCAUGUCAUGUAACGUCGUGUAACAUCAUGUAAUGUAAUGUUUUAUUCCCGGACGGGGCACUCCGCAUAUGAAAGGGGUGGGGAUGCUCAUCGGAAAUUUUGAAUUAAACUCCUAAAGAAGACCUAUCUGGGCGUGGCCCAAGCUUUUUUUGAACCCCUAAAUGAGACCAUGUUAAAACACAGACAAUAUAGAUAUUUAUAUAUUUUUCAGCGUGGAACCCUAAACGAGACCUUCCCGGCUAAAUAUGAUGGCGUUUUGCCCCUAAGUGAGCCCAAAAUCCGAAAUUUAUACUCCUAAGCGAGACGACGGGCAUCCCCACCCCUUUAAUAUGCGGAGUCCCCCCCGGGGUUUUACUGUCAGUAAUAGACAUGAAGCUGUACGUAAAUGAUUUUUCAGGGGGUGGUGCAGGAGAUGCGUUGUCAGCCCUUAAUAAUGUCAAGUUUGCGGCUCAUGACAAACCUAAUAAUAUAGGCUGCUUUUCACAAUUACGAGGUGCUUGGUGGGUUAGCAGUUGCGAUCAAGACGCGUUUCCAACCGGAAGAGAUGCGAAUGGUAACUAUACGAUUCGCUGGGGUACUUGGAAUGGUGCUAAUCUGACCAAGGUGGAAAUAAAGGUAAAGCCAACAUAA